CCCCAACCUGGUGCCGCCUCUAAGGCGGAGCUGGGUUUUUGCGGUGGCCAAUGGCGCCCCGGGUGAGAGUUGAAGGGUGGAAGGUGUCUGUGAGCCGGUGGUGCGGGCUUUUUCCAGCGCAUGUGCUGGGUAGGCUACCUGGCAGUCAUGGAUCCAGUCUCGACUGAAGAGCUUGGGGAGGAGGAGCAGCUGGUGAGACGGCAUCGCAAAGAGAAGAAGGAGUUGCAAGCCAAAAUUCAGAGUAUGAAGAAUGCUGUACCCAAGAAUGACAAAAAGAGAAGGAAACAACUCACUGAAGAUGUUGCUAAGUUGGAAAGAGAAAUGGAACAGAAACAUCGAGAGGAACUGGAGCAACUGAAGCUGAGUUCUAAGGAGAAUAAGAUAGAUUCUGUUGCUGUUAACAUUUCAAACUUGGUACUUGAGAAUCAGCCACCUCGGAUAUCAAAAGCACAAAAGAGACGGGGAAAAAAAGCUGCAUUGGAGAAAGAGUGGGAAAAAAGGAUAGCUGAAGCUGAAAUUGAGAACUUAACUGGAGCCAGACAUGUAGAAAGUGAAAAACUUGCUCAAAUAUUGGCAGCUAGACAGUUGGAAAUUAAACAGAUUCCAUCCGAUGGUCAUUGUAUGUAUAGAGCCAUUGAAGAUCAGCUGAAAGAACAGAAUUGUACUCUGACUGUGGCUGCCUUAAGAAGUCAAACCGCUGAAUAUAUGCAAAGCCAUGUGGAAGACUUUCUGCCGUUUUUAACAAACUCUAACGGAGAUAUGUAUACUCCAGAGGAGUUUGGAAAGUACUGCAAUGAUGUAAACACAGCUGCAUGGGGAGGUCAGCUUGAGCUAAGAGCUCUGACUCACAUUUUACAAACACCAAUAGAGAGAAUACAGGCUGAUUCUCCUCCUAUUGUAGUUGGUGAAGAAUAUCCAAAAAAACCAUUAAUACUUACAUAUAUGAGACAUGCAUAUGGUUCAGGAGAACAUUACAAUUCUGUUACACAGGUGGUAAACACAGCUACUGAAAAUUGCAGCUAGUGUUACAGUUAUCUUAUAGUAAGUGUGCCAUUCUGUGUAUUCCUGCGAAGUGCUGGAUUGUUCUAAAUGCUACUGAAAAACACAACUACCUUAAGUCAGUUUUAUGGCAAAGCUACUUACAGGUUUUUAAGAAAUAUGUCAGAGAUAGACUUUACUUAGUGUCCUCUUAGUGGCAUUUUAAAAACUUGUAAGUCCAUUGUGGAGAACAUUACUCAUAGACCAAGACGGUACCUUACUCACUAGUGGUUUAAUUUAUAUAGGAUUCUGGACAUUCUGCUCUAUGUUGGAAUAAAUUUUAAAAUAUU